AUUUCGCCUUCACCGCUGAGUUGUAGCUCGUGGCCAGUCGUGGCAGUACAGCAGCGCGCCUCCUCUAAUAAGGAGUUCGUUCAACACGUCCUCUACUUUUGCAUUUAUGGUGCUGUCCUCGUGUCGUGAACUUUGUAUGCGUUUCACAUGUCACCUCCGAUAGCAGUGCGAGAGCUGUAUCGUACAGUAUAAAACAUCUAGAUAAAACAUUUCUAUCAAAGAAAUUUUAUUUUUAUUUACAAUUAAAUGCACAGUGUUUGUUCUAGUGAAUAUUUCGUCGUGUUGAUAACUCACAUCGGCCAUUAAGAAAAGAAGGAAUUAGCACAACAUAGUGAAAAGUCGGAUGUGAGGAAUCGAGGAAGAUUGAACAAAGGAAAUGAGCACGAAGGUACUCAUCGAGAUGCAACAGCAGCUAAGGCAUAUUGUGACCACCACCUCUGAAAAUGCUCCGACCAGUACUAAGAAGCUAGAAGACUUAAUGGAUAUCCAAAAAUCGAUUUUUUUAGUCUUCGAGGAUAUUACCUACUGCGCCAGGCCACGGAUACUUUCUGGAAAAAAGACUGAACUAUUAAAAAAUUUGAGCGGCGAAUUCAGAGCCGGCGAACUUACGGCCAUUAUGGGAUUGUCCGGUGCUGGAAAGUCCACAUUGAUGGAUGUUCUAACUGGCUUUACAACGACUGGCGUAACUGGAAAUAUAAUGGUCAAUUCAAAAGCUAGGAAUCUCAAUGAAUUUCGAAGAUUGUUAGCGUAUAUAAUGCAAAACGACAAUUUGCAGCCACUGUUGACCGUGCAGGAAGCAAUGAACGUUGCUGCCGACCUGAAACUUACCACAAGUUCUCAACAAAAGAAACAAAAGAUUGAUCAGAUUUUGAUCACAAUGAACCUGGACACAUGUCGCCACACACGAACGGGAAAACUUAGCGGUGGAGAAAGGAAAAGACUGGCCAUUGCAUUGGAAUUAAUCAACAGUCCACCGAUUUUAUUUCUCGAUGAACCCACUAGUGGACUAGACAGUGUGACCUCAAAAUAUUGUAUAACGUUGCUAAAGCAGUUGGCAAAGGCGGGACAAACGGUGAUUUGUUCUAUUCAUCAACCCAGUGCUUCGUUGUUGAAUAUGAUCGAUCAUCUUUACGUGGUGGCAGACGGAAAUUGUGUGUAUAGCGGUAGCACACAGAAUUUAGUGCCUUAUUUGAGCAGCCUCGGUUUGCAAUGUCCUACUCACUAUAAUCCAGCUGAUUAUCUGAUGGAAAUCUGCAAUGGAGAUUACGGCAGAUAUCUGCCGCAGAUGGUGAAUGCCAUCGAGAAUGGAAAAAACAAUGCAUGGAGGUCAAUUAGUAAUGUAACCAACGUCAAUCAUCAAGAGGAAGUGAUCGCUUUGAAUGUGACAGCUUCGUUUCAAGCACUUCGACAACGGUCUCCGAUGGAGAUACAGCACGUUUAUGGUAAACAUAAAACUGGUACUGGGUGUGCCAUUGGCUUCUGGAAACAGCUGUUCAUUUUACUUAAAAGAAACGCUAUCAGACUCUCGAGAGAUAAGGUAUUAACAUUUACGCGACUUUCAAUGCAUUUUAUAAUUGCCUUGAUCGUUGGCGUGAUCUAUUUCAAAAUAGGCCAAGAUGCAGUCUACGUGUUGGAUAACUUCAAUCUUCUGUUUUUCAAUAUAAUGUUUCUUAUGUUCAGUGCCUUCAGCGCAACAGUAACAACAUUUCCCUCGGAGUUACCAAUCAUCAUGCGGGAGCAUUUCAAUCGUUGGUACAAAUUACACUCUUUUUACCUUGCUAAUAAGUUAGCUGACAUUCCCAUUCAAUUCACAGCCAUUUCUUUGUAUAUUCUCAUUGUAUAUUAUAUGAGUGAUCAAUUAUUAGAACUUCAACGAUUUUGUCUCUACACGCUGAUGUGUUUUGCCGUCAGUAUGGUUGCUCAAACGUUUGGCCUUUUAGUUGGAACAGGAAUGAAAAUACAGCACGGUAUGAUCUUUGGACCACUCACGAUUCUUCCAUUUUUGAUAUUCAGUGGAUUUUUUGUUCAAUUCAGGGACGCUCAUCCAUACUUACGAUGGUUGUUCCAUUUAUCGUUUCUUAAAUACGGUUUCGAGGGUGUAAUGAUCGCCAUUUAUGGAUAUGAUAGACCAAAGCUUUCUUGUUCAGACGUCUAUUGCCAUUUUGCGAUACCGGAGACGUUGUUAAACGCUGUAGACAUGAAGCAAGCUAACUAUUGGUUCUGUUUGAUUGUAUUGGUCGCUCUAUAUAUCGCACUGGAUAUUGGAACGUACACAUUACUGAAAUAUAAGUUAGAGAAACGUGUAUAAAAAUACAAAAUCGAAAAUAUGUGUGAAAUGUCGAUGAAACAUUUUUUUUACGAUCGUGUUGUGUUCAGUGUAAAUAGAACAAUAUAAAUGAGUUAUUGUUAAAGACUGAUUUUCUUUUAAAACUUCUGUAUAAAAAAAAAAAGAAAGAAAAGAAUUUAUAAGAAAUUUUUAUUGGAGAAAGAAAAAGAAUAUAUAUUUGCAUUUAA